AUGACAGUGUGUGAAUAUCUGAAAGACAAUACCCAUUAUGUUCAUGAUGAUUUCCUGCAAAGGAAAACAUAUCAGCUGAUGGUCCUUACACAGGAUGUUUAUAGUUACAGAGUACGUUUCCUUUUGCGCCAUCCAAAACGCCAUGGCAUACGCAACAUCUUCUUCGAACCGUUGGCCGUGACCGUCUGGUGGCUGGUAUUGGCUCUAAUUGCAAUCACCGGCAUUAUGCUGGCCAUACAUGUACAUGCCGAAUAUCAAAUUUAUUGGGAAUUGAAAAUGCUACAACCGCACGAGAGUGCUGCAACAACAUUGCAACAACUUGCACCCGAACAUAAACUGGAUUUUAUUAUAUUGACCACAUUGGAAGCGGCAUUUAUGCAAGGCCCAUCACCUGAGCAUUUUCAUGCGAAUUCUACACGACUGCUGUUGACCUCGGUAUCUGUGUUUGCUCUACUGCUGAUGCAAUUCUAUGCGGCAUGUAUUGUGAGCUCUUUGCUAUCGGAAGCACCACGAACUAUAACCACCCUCGAAGCGCUGUACAACAGUGGCAUGGAUAUUGGUAUGGAAAAUGCUUGGUAUAAUUUUGAAAUGUUCAAAGCAUCAACGAACCGUUUUGUGAAUAACAUUUUCAAGUACCGCAUUUGUAAGAAUGGCAAACAGAAUAUCGUGACUUUGGAAGAGGGUAUCCAACGUAUUGCCAGAGGAGGUUUUGCAUUGCAUGUUAUUCUCAAUUCUGCAUAUCAACUUUUGGGAGGUAAGUUGACUGAAUCCCAAUAUUGCGAACUUCAAGAGAUUGCAUUCACGAAUCCAUUUAAAACCGGUAUUGUUAUGAAGAAAUCAACACCACUUGCCGAUUAUUUGAAAGUAGCAAUCUUAAAAUUUCGCGAAUCAGGCAUUAUGAAAUAUAAUGAUCUGCAAUGGAAAUUACCCCAAAUCGAUUGUGCGGCCUUGGCCAAAGACGAUGUUGAAGUCGAUUUGGAACAUUUUGCCCCAGUUUUGGUAUUUUUGGCAUUUAGUAUUUUGACAUCGGUAUGGAUGUUUAUAUUGGAACACAUUUAUAAACGUGUUGAAAGGAUACUCUGCAUAAAUUAUGAAAUUGUUUGUAAAACUAUGCGUAAAUAUUUGCCUAAAUAA